AUGUGCAGCACACCUCUAUGGAGAAACGGGCCACCAGAGAAGCCUGUGCUGUGCAAUGCGUGUGGUUCGAGAUGGAGAACGAAGGGAACACUAGUGAACUACACACCUCUCCAUUCUCGUGCUGAAGGUGAUGAGAUUGAGAUUGAGGAACACAGAGCUCAAAGGAUGAUGAUCAAGGGAAUGUCCCUGAACAAAAAGAUCCUCAAGAGGAAGUCAUAUCAAGAAAACUUCACAGUGAAAAGAGCCAACUUGGAAUUCAACAACGGCUUCAAGAAGAGGGCUUUGGAAGAAGAAGCUAGCAAUAGAUCGAGCUCAGGAUCGGUUGUGUCGAACUCGGAGAGCUGUGAUCAAUCCAAUGCGUGGGAAACGACUUUCCCUUGCAAGAGGAGGACAUGCGUGGGGCGUCCAAAGGCGGCUUCCUCCGUUGAGAAGCUCACUAAGGAUCUGUAUAGUAUCUUACAGGAGCAACAGUCUUCUUGUCUCUCUGGUUCUUCGGAGGAGGACUUGCUUUUCGAGAACGAGUCACCGAUGGUGAUAGGACAUGGGAGUGUUCUUAUGAGAGAUCCUCACUCGGGUGCUCGAGAUGAGGAAUCUGAAGCUAGCUCGCUCUUGGUUGAGAGAAGCAAGUCCUCAUCGAUACGUUCUAUUAAAUUUGGUGGAAAAGCAAUAAAGCAGGAGCAACUCAAGAGGACCAAAUCUCAAACCUUGGGAAGACAUAGUAGUGUACCACUCUGUAACAUAGAUUUGAAGGAUGUUUUCAACUUUGAUGAGUUUGUAGAAAAAUUCACAGAGGAAGAACAGCAGAAACUGAUGAAAUUAGUUCCUGAAGUUGACUCUGUUGAUCUUCCUAAUAGCCUCAGAAGCAUGUUUGAGAGUUCUCAAUUCAAAGAGAACUUCUCCUUGUUUCAGCAACUUGUGGCAGAUGGUGUUUUUCAGACAUCUUCUUCCUCUGGAUCAAAACUUGAAGACGUUAAGACACUUGCGAAGCUUGCUUUAUCCGAUCCUAACAAAUCACAUUUGCUGGAAAGCUAUUACAUGCUCAAGGAAAAAAGAAAAGGCAUUGAAGACUCUGUUACUGCAACAUCAAGGGUCUCAAACCCGAAUCUAUCGAAAAAUAAUAGUCUUGUAACCAUUGAAAGACCCUGUGAAAGCUUAAACCAAAACUUCUCAGAGACAAGGGUUGUGAUGAGGAGUCCCAAAGAGGUGAUGAAGAUUAGAUCAAACCACGUUAAAACCGAAGAGAUUGUUGAGAACAGUGUCUCUUCCUUCAACCCUAUGAGCUAUGGUGGUUCUAUGGCGUUUAGCUACGAAGAUAAUGAUAUCUCUGAUCAGGAUCUUCUUCUUGAUGUGCCGCCUAAUGGAUCAUUCCCUCAAGCAGAGCUUCUUCACAUGAUAUGA